UCAUCGGAUUAUGGAACUUGCAUUAAGUUCAAUGGAAAAUCAAGCGAAUUUCAAUAACAGUGCACAGAAUCCAGACGUUGCAGAUCCUGAAGAUGAAUUGCAAAACAUCAAUAAUGAAAUGAUUACUCAGAAUUCAAGCACGUACGUUGUUCAGAGUACAGGUACUAUGAAGAUGAAUUUUACAAGGGUUCAUAAAACAUCCUCUAGUCCGAAUACUUCAGAAGAUGGGGAUUUUUCAUCUGGUUCUAGUGAUAAUUAUGCACCAUCAAGUAGUCGGGAGUCAAGCUGCUCUGAACAAUCCUUUGAUUCUGAAGCUGAGAAUCUAGAACCAGCUCAGAAUGGACCUGAUUCUCCAGCUAAGAAAGGAAAAAAGAGAAUAAGGAAUGUUGAAAACUGGAUUAAAGUGAAAGCUAAGACAUUGAAAAAUUCGGGGAAAAAGUAUACAUCAAGCGCCGGAAAAAUGGUUGAAGCGAAAAAAAUGAGACCACCAUGCUCAGAAAAAUGCAUACUAUCCUGUACGAAAAAAAUUGGUGAGGCAUUCAGAAUUCAAUUGUUCACAGAAUACUGGGAGUUGGCUUCUCUGCAACGACAGCGCGAUUUUUUGAGUUCUUGCAUUGAACAGUUAACAGUGAAGUACCGUCGCAUAUCAUCCACAGAAGCCCGCAAACCUAACUGCGCCUUCUAUUUGCUGAAUAACGGACAGAAAGUCCGUGUUUGCAAAACAUUCUUGAUAAACACAUUAGGAAUAGCUGAAAGAACUAUUCGAACUGUCAUUGCGUCAAAGGCAACUGGUUGUGGAAUUGCACCUGCAGAUCAAAGAGGGAAACACAGUAAACACAGAAGAAUUGAUUCAGAAAUCUUGAAUUCCAUCCGAGACCACAUAAACUCAAUACCGCGAAUUGAAAGCCAUUAUGUUAGAAGCGAUACGUCAAGAGAAUUUAUAGAUGGUGGGUUGUCCAUUGCCGAAAUGCAUAGGCAUUAUUCAGAAGAAAGGGCUUUAGCUAAUAAACCCACCACAACUUACGAUACAUAUGCCCGGAUAUUCAAUACAGAAUUUAACAUUGGAUUCUUCGCACCUAAGAAAGAUCAAUGUGACCUAUGUGAAUCCUAUAAAAAUAAUCCAAACAAUACUGAAGUACAAAAGGCAUACGAAGAACAUCAAGAAGAAAAAAAACUUAGUCGUAAUGAGAAGGACCAGGAUAAAAGCAAAGCCAAAAACCAAGACAUUGUUUUAGCAGUUUAUGACUUGCAGGCGGUACUACCUGUACCAAUGGCGCAAACUUCAAUUUUUUUUUAUAAAUCCAGACUUAACUGUUUCAACUUUACGGUAACUGAAAUUGGGAAUGACAAAACUUUCUGCUUCUUCUGGCAUGAAGGGCUCGGGCAUAGAGGUGCUGCAGAAAUAGGGACUUGCGUUUUACUCUAUCUAGAGGAAUUGUCCAAAACCAAACCUGGAGCUGAUGUCGUGUUUUAUUCAGACAACUGUGGUGGUCAGCAAAAAAACAAGUACCUAUGUACCAACACAACAACUAUUAAAGUAUGA